UCAGUCCUAUAGUCCUAUUUACGUAUUAUUUAAACAUUCUUGUUUUUUUAUAUUAAUUAAAAUUAAAUAUGAGCGUCUCAAAGGUAAAUACUUCAUUAAAUUCAUCAAAUUAUUCAAAUACUUCGUCUCAGUUGGACAGUUAUGAAGACGUGCAAACGGCCAGUGUGCGAAAUUAUGUAAAAGAUUUGUUAAAAUCGCGAAUAUUCUUGGGUCGUUAUCUUGAAAGACGACUUGUUGAUGAACGUAUUGGAUAUCGGGACGUCGUAUUAAUUAGUCAAGCAGAAGUUGAGUUGAAGAAGGAUUUACAAGAAGCUCAACACAAACUUCAGGUUGUGCAUCCAAGCUCUCAUUGGAUUGGCAUCUCAGAUUCCGAAGUUUUGGGACAUAAUUCUGGUAUUUGUCUUUGGACAGAAAUAGAUAAUCAACCAUUUGGCGCUUUUUGGUUUCAAAUAAAAACCAUUAGAUUUAGACAAUUUGAAAUUAUUGUCAUAUUGAAAUGUGUAAGACACAUAACUGACGCAUUUUUAGAGUUAGAGCCAAUAUUGACAGGAGCGAUAGAAAAAUCCAAAAGUAACAAUACUACGAAACAAAUUAGUAAUGUAUCAUCACUCAGUGAUACAUAUGCUGAAAUAGCUAAAAAUGUUCAAGAUGCGUUCUCCAUAAAAAAUGCAAAGGAAUUCAUAACAUUUUUAUUUGCAUUUGUUAUUGCAAUUUUCACUGGUAGCACUGCUUUUAUAAACUUUCUAGGUAACUUUAUUUUAGCUUUAGUCAGGGAAAUUUCUAUUUUAGUAAAAAAUUCCACGCCUAUGUUUUUAGGAUUUUUAGAUUUCAUAAGUAAAAUAAUUGGUGGUUUUUACAUAUUGCUGGCCAUGUUAUUCAAGCCUAAUACGCCAAACCCUUUAAGUAAGAGAAACAUUGGAUAUUAUAAAAGAACUCCACAAAAAUAUGAAACUUAUGAUCAUAGAAAUUUUGACUAAUAUAUGCAAGUAUUAUUUUUUUUUUUGUAAUAACUCUAAGAUCUCAAUUAUACCAUGUUUUAUUAUUUUUAUACAGUAAAUAAAUUAUUAUAAUGUUAUAUAAAA